GGUAGUUGGCAAUCCAAUCCAACCAAUUUAGAAUUCACUUUCCAUUGACCAUUGACCAUUGACCAUUAAACCGAUUCCAAUCAAAAUGAAAACCAAUCCAUCUUCUUCCUCUUCAUCCUAUUCAAAUUCAAAUUCAAAUUCAACUUCAAAUCCAUCUCAAUCUCAAGAUAAAAUCAGUAAACUAUCAAAAAUAGCUAAUAAACUAAUCACUGGAGUUCAACCUACUUCACUUCAACAAUCAAAUCAACGUUGGGGUAAUACUCAACCAUCACCAAAUCAAACACCUUCAAACUUAAUCAUGAAACCAUCAUCAAAUCAUCAAAUCCAUUCAAAUCCAAUCACGGCUUCUAGUUUUGCUGCUGCUAAGAAAGAAAGAGAAUUAAUCAAAACUCAACAACAAUCUUCUUCUUCUUCUUCUUCUUCAAAUCAAAUCAGACCAUUAAGAUCAAACUUACAUCAAUCAAAACGAUCUGUCUAUUCAAAUCAAACUAAUCAAACUACCUUUGAUGAUGAAAAUUUGAACCAUCAUCAAGUUUUAGUCGAACAGCAAUCUUCUACUCAUUUUAAACCACCUAUUACUAAUCGAAUCAAAACUAAAUCAUCUGCUCCACCUACUUUUCAAACUGAAGAAUUCGUGAUCCCAUCGAAUGAUUUACCAGCAGCACCACUCAAACCACCAAGUUCAUCCAGAUUCAGUCGAUUUAAACCUACCCCAAGUGAAGCGUUCUUAGCCGUAGCCUAUACAUCAACCCAUCAAACCUCAACCGAAAACCGAUCAUCAUCCAUUUUGGAAUCAGAUCAAGAACCAGCUACGUUUGAGAUUGCGAAACGAACGAGAUUACCGGCUUCACCUGUUAAACCUCAAAGACAUAAACUUAAUGCUCAAUCGAUUUCGGUCUCCAAUCCUUCGGAAGAUGUGUCGAUCAUGAGAGCUACUUAUCUUUCUCAAGGAUAUGAGAUCUCGAAUGGAAAGAAAUUAGAAUCUGAAAAAGAUAGAGUGGCAAGAGAAUUUGAAAAAUUAAUGACAGCUAUGGAUUUACCACAAUCUGUUAGGAUCAAGAUGGAAGGUCUGGAUCAUCCAGUAAAAUCAGCCAUGUUAAAAGCUUCCUCUUCAUCCCAACUCACAUCCCAUUCCAUGAUAGCUCAAGCCUUACAACUCUCAUCAAGUCAUCCGUCUCACCAUCACUCUAACAAUACCCAUCAUCACCAGCAUCAGAUCAAUUCCCAAGACUUGGCUCAAGAAGAACGAAACGGAACCGAAAAGGAUGGACCAGCUUGGUGGGCCAUGACGUUGAAAUCACGUAAUUUUAGAUCAUUGGAUCCGAUUGAAUUGAAACGAUUAAGAGUCGCUCUGAGAACUCAAGCUCCUACUUGGACUGCUGAGUUUCUUUCCUAUGGUGGUUAUACAGCUCUGAUGAAACGAUUAAAAGAAUUAUUGGAAAUCGAAUGGAGGGAAGAACAGCAUGAUGAUCAGGUAUUGUUUGAAAUUUUGAGAUGUUUUAAAGCUUUAUUACUUAGUGAGCCUGGAAAAGUCGCCUUAGCAUUUAGAAUCCCGUCCCCAUUUCUUCAAUUAACCAACCUAUUAUAUUCGGAAAAGAAACCAGGAGAGUUACCUAGUCGACAACUACUAAUCGAAAUGAUCUAUGGGAUUUUCGAAUUAAAGAUCACAGAAGAGACCAUGAAAGGGAAAUCAUUAGAUUGGCAAUCAGCAAUUAAUUUAGAUCAAUGUGAUUUGAAUUUAAUGAAAGAUGAUUCGAUGGGAAUCGAUUCAAAGUUUAAUCAUCAGUUGGUUAAACAGUUGUUGAUGGGUGCACCGGAUUUGAAGAAAGAAUCUUUGAUCGAGUUUGUUAGUGUGAGUCAUCGGAAUAGGCCUUAUAAGAAAUUAGUUACAGAACUUUGUGGGGUUUUGAUGGAUUAUUUUUGGGUCUUUUGUCAUUCUGAAAAUCAGUAUUGGGAUUUAAGUGAAUUAGAUGAAGAACAAAUCGAAAGUCCAAAAGUACCAAGUGGAAUGACCGGAGGAGUGGAAUAUGAAGCUAUGGAAUAUUCUGCUGCUGUGAUGAAAUUGAUUAAUGAGUUUAUUAGAACUGAACCUGAUGAGAUUGGAAAAUCAAAAAUUCAUAAAGAUUUAUUCGAAAGUGGAUUCGAAAGAGCCUUAGUGACAAUGAGAAAAAGUAGUAUGACAUAUUAUCCUUCGAUUCAUUUAGAAUUAGCUAGGUAUCUUGUUGAAGCUUUAAAAGUGGAUGGGAUUAAUGGCUUUCAGAUCCCUGUGAAUAUCAUGAGACAUUAUAAGAAGAAUUCGAAAAACUUGUUGAAUUGUUCAAAAUGAUUUGAUUUAUAUAUCUCGACGGGGUUUUUUGGCUUUGGCUUCUUUUUUUUCUUUCUUGGUUGAUUGUUUUCUUGUUUCUGUUUUUUUUUGUUUUAGGAUGAAGAAUUGUUUUUUUCUUGAAUUUUUUAACUAUUUAAAUCUUUAUUUUAAAAAAAAUUGUUUUGAAAGAGUUGAAAAGGGUUUCAAGAAUAAAGAAGUAUGAUUUGGAAGCUAGUAGAAGAAGAAAAGAAAAAGAAUUGUAUUACAUUUGAUCAUUGGGUUUUCUGUGGUUUUAAUUUUUUUUAUUUGUUAGUUUAAACUUCAUUUUUUGAUUAAUCAUUUAUUAUUGAUGAGCUUAUUGGAUUGAAACAAAUGGUGGGUUUAUGGUGUU